CUGAACAAGGAGUUUUAACCACCAAACUUGCUGCUAAAUUUAUUCAUUUGCAUAAUGCUAUUAAUUUUGUUUGGAUUUUAAAUAGGUGUGCCAAAAUCAUCUUCUUCCUCCAAAUGGUGGCAUUUCUUUUGGUAAGUUAAAAAUCCAUCCAAAAUUUAAGUUGUUCUUCUGGAGGCUCUAACAUAAUGGCCUUCCCGCGAGGGACAUUCUUGGAAAAUGGAUAAAUAUUGAUUCCUCUUGUGGUUUUUGUAAUUCGCAUAGAAAAUCUAUUUGGCAUGUGAUCCCCUCCUGUGGUUUUUGUCAAUAGUCAUCCCCAACUGGUCCUGCCACUGAUUAAUACACUUUCACCUCUAUUCUCAAGGCCUGCGCUGGCUUUGUGGCUAUGCUUGAUGGCUGUAAAGUUCAUGCUGUGAUCAUCAAGACUGGAUUCAGCUUCAAUAUAUUCAUUCAAAACUCUCUGAUUGAUAUGUAUUUUAAAUUCGACAAUCUAGACAUCGCUCAACUGUUGUUUGAUGAAAUGCUGGUCAGAGACGUGGUUUCUUGGAACACUUUAGUCGCUGGGUACUCUUUAUGUGGCAAUGUUGAGUUGGCGAAAAGGGUGUUUGAUAAAAUGCCCAUAAAGAAUUUGGUUUCUUGGUCGGCUAUGAUCGCUGGUUAUUCCCAAUCAGGUGACCUUGAAGCUGCUCACCAGCUAUUUGAUGUCAUGCCCGAAAGAAAUAUGGUUUCUUGGAAUGCUAUGAUUGCUGGAUAUGCACAAAAUGAGAAGUACGCUAAUGCUAUCAACAUCUUCCAUGAGAUGCAAAAGACUAAUAGUGUAAGGCCCAACAAUGUGACUCUUAUAAGUGUGUUGUCAGCUUGUGCGCACCUAAGUGCAUUUGAUUUGGAGAAGUGGACUGAUCAUUUCAUUAGUCGGAGUGGGAUGGAAUUGAGUCUCUUCUUGGGAAAUGCACUAGUGGACAUAUAUGCGAAGUGUGGAUUCGUAGCUGAGGCUAGGCGAAUAUUUGAUAAGAUGCAAGAGAGAGAUGUAAUCUCCUGGAGUAUAAUUAUUUCUGGGUUGGCUAUGCAUGGGCAUGCAGAGGAAGCAAUUGAUUACUUCUUUGAAAUGCUUGAAUGUGGCAUAAAGCUGAAUGAGGUCACUUUCAUGGGCUUAUUAUCAGCAUGUACGCAUGCUGGGUUAGUAGAUACGGGAUUAAAGUAUUUCAAUAUGAUGGAUCACAAGUAUGGAAUCACUCCCAAGAUUGAGCAUUAUGGUUGUGUGGUUGAUCUGCUGAGCCGUGUUGAGCACCUUAUUGAAGCAGAGGAUUUGAUCAAUUCAAUGCCCAUUGAACGGGGUGAACGUGUUGUACAGCAUAUCCUUGAGCUAGACUCUGAACACUCUGGCAGUUAUGUUUACCUGGCCAAUGUUUAUGCUUCAGUUGGUCAUCUGGAUGAUGCAGCAAAAUGUAGGCUGAAUAUACGGGAAAAUAGGAUAAUAAAAACUCCUGGUUGCAGUUGGAUUGAAGUUCAUAACACAGUUCAUGAGUUCUUCAUGGGAGACAAGUCACAUCCUCAGGCUGACAAAAUAUAUGCGACAAUCAGUGAUUUCUAAGACAAAUCACAACUAUCAAGAUUCAUGAUUUCUCUCUCAAAUCAUAAUAUAUAUAUUUCCUCUUCCAAUUCAGAUUGAUGUGAACUCAUCAAGCUUACUAAUCCCAUGAGAAAGAAACUGAUAAACUCAUCCUGUCCCAUGGAAAGUAUUCAACUCAUAAUGUUCCCCUUAAAGGAUACUUAAAAAGUCAUCACUCCCCACCCAAGUUACAAUCAAAAGACAAUGACUUGGAUUUGAACCGAUGUUAAAUUUGAGUGAUUAUUAAGUAUGGCUACCUAAAAUUAAUUGGCUGAAUAAUACAAAUAAAUUACAGGAAACUAAUUAUUAAUUUUCUGAUCAGAUCAUCGCGAUCCUACAAUUGCAACCUAAUAAGCACUUUGUGUAAUUGAAGGUUGUGUCAUACUAUAAUUGAUGCAAAACUCAAGCUUUUGUAACUCCUCAAGA